AACAUCGUCACCGUCCUCGUCUUUCUCAAACAAGGGGUCAAGGACUGCGUGACCUUAUGCCUCCUCUCCUUGGCCUUGACCGACUUCAGCUCAGUGGCGCUCGGGAUGAUCAUCUCGAUAACCUCCCUUUCUAGAGCCAGCGAGGUGACCUUGUACAUAGACCUGGACGCCUUGGAGUUCGUCCUUGCGUACCCGAGCGCCAUGUUUUACGACAUCUCCACCUCCACCACGGCACUCAUCACCGUCCAGAGGUGUCUGUGCGUCACGCUUCCGUUCCGUUUCAAAGAUUUCAUGACCAUCAAGAGGACGACGAUCACCAUCAUCUGCCUGUUCAUCUUCAACGUCGGGAUGUACAUGCCCCAUUUCUUGUCUAGCAGGCUCGAAAGUCAGCUCGACCCUAGGACGAACUCAACAAGAGUCGUAUUGGCCCUCACCGUGAACAGACCGGAAGUCGACCUCUUUCUGAACACGUUCGUCCACUUGCUGGAGGCGGCCCUUUGCUUAGCGAUCGUUCUCGUCAGCACGCAGAUCAUGAUCAUUGGACUCAGGCGCUCAUCAAAGUUUCAGAAAACCGGGAUUUCCCGAGGAACCAUCGAAUCACCGGACUUGAAGCAAACGAUAAAGGGUCCAGCUUCCUUUAAAAAACGCACCGGAAGUACCCGACGUGCCUCGGGAAAGAACGGAAACGUUGUCAAGACAGUUCUGAUUCUAGCGAUGCUGUGCUUUCUCUGUAACUCCAUCCGUUUCACCGUGGUCGUCCUGCUCCGGGUUUUCCCGGACAUUUACUACGGACGCGCUCAGGAGCAGCUCUUCUUGAUAUUCCUUAAGCUGACGUCCUUCACACAGACGUUCAAUUCGUCCGUGCACAUCAUCGUGUACUACAUCUUCAACGCGUCUUUCAGACGAACGAUUAAUGAAUUUCUCAGAAUUUCGAAAGCGUCAUAA